AAAAUCCUCGACUACAACUUCGAUUCUGGCGCUCUCGUACUCGUGCGGAAUUCCGACAACGAAAAGAACCUAUCCGGCAAGACGAACCCACGAUACCUUGGUCCCAUGGUCGUCGUGCGACGUAACACCGGUGGCGCUUACGUUCUCGCCGAGCUCGACGGGUCUCUCUCUCGUCUUCGGUACGCCGCUGCUCGUCUUGUUCCAUACCACGCGCACUCCCGAAUC